UCCUGUAGAGCUAUGAGUUGGGAUCAAAGAUAACAGUAACAACCAAUCAGAUCACUGCAUUUGUAUGAUCAAACAGGUAUAAAACAGAUAUCUCAGCUGAAAAUGAAUACCACCAGAAUACCAUAGAAGAUAAUCUUCCUUGAUCCUAAUACUUUAUGCUGAUUAUCCCCAGGGGGUGAUUCACCUAGAGAUAAGGUGGGAUCGAAUGAAAACAGUAACAACCAAUAAGAACACUGGAUUUGUUUGAUCAUACUGAUAUAAAACAUUACCUGAUGAGAGGAUAGAUCAUGGAAGAUAAACUCCAUUGAUCUUAAUCUUAUAAGCUUAUAACCUCAGGGGGUGACUCAAGUUGAGAUAAGUUGGAUCAAAGGAAAACAAUUACAACCAAUCAGAUCACUGCAUUUGUCAGAUCCUACUGUUAAAAAAACAUUACCUGCUGAGAGGAAAGAUCAGAGAGGAUAAUCUCCCUUGAUCUUAAUCCUUUAACUCCAGGGGGUGAUUCAGAGAGAUGAUUUAAGAUCAAGAGGAUCAAGGGAAAACAAAAGCAACCAAUCAGAAUGCAGGAUUUCUGCAAACAGGUAUAUAAGGCAGACAAUUUCUGUUGAACAUCAGACUUCUGUCAAUGAUCUUUACAGUGAAUACAACAGUGAAGUACAAUUUGAUACAUCUGAAGCAUGGCCUACAAAUAUGAUACUCCAGCAAGACAUGCUAUGUUUAAAACUGCUACUCCAGUCAGCAAGAAGACAACAAACACAUUCGAGUCACCAUUCUCAAUUCGUAGCCUGCUGAAUCUGAGUGAUGAGACAUCAUUUGAAUCUACACCACAAUCUGAAGUAGCAACCUGCAGCAGCAUCAUGUCAAGCCUCGCCUCGCAGGACUCUAGGACUCUAGCUGCCAAUAUAAACACUCCAGCCAAGAUGUCACAGUCACCCAAGACUGUAUCACCACAGCAGAUUCCAGUACCAGCCUGUAUCUCUGCUCUGGAGGAACACUUCUACUCACUCAAGCACCAGAUGCGUGAUCCUACCAAGCAGCUGGAACUAGAGGUCUUCUAUCGUCAACAGGCCCAUCAGCUGGAAUAUGGGCGUUAUGCCCAUCUGUCAAACUGUCUACCCAUGCAUCAACAUGCCAUCAACAUCCAGUUUGACCAUCAGCUCCGCCUACUGGUUGAUCAAGUGGAACACAGCAUGAGAAUCUUGAAGACAUCUACUAUCACUAAGGACAGCAUUAGCAACAACCUUGCCACAAGAGAGGCUGGGAACUCACUGGAAAACCGUCUGCCUCAGCCGAUAAUGACAUCAACUCCAAAGAAGAAAUCUGGGAUUCUCAAGAAGAAAUAUUGUAACCGUGGAGUAUACAGCUAUCAUGCUAAAGAAGUGCUCGAGACUUGGUACGCAGUCAACUCUCACAGCCCCUACCCCACUACCGACAUUAUCCUCUCUCUCGCCACCAAGGCUGGGCUCUCCACGUCCCAGGUUCGCAAGUGGUUCUGCAACAACCGACACCAGUGUGGACAUGUCAACAGGAAGCUUGUUCGCCAUCUACAUCAGCACAAUGAACCCGUUCCCAACAGCUCUGUACAGUCUUGGAUGUAACAUUACACAUUCACCAGUGGACUUACAGUGAAUGCAAUAUUAAAUUGCCAAAUUGUAUAAAAUGUGUACAAAUGCUUGUAAAUAUAGUUUUUUGUAAAUUAAAUAAUUUGUUUUAAUAAAAUAAAAUAUAUAAA